CUUCUCGCUGGUGGCGCUGUAGUGGAUGGUGCCGCUGGAUGCGAAGGUAAAAGGUCAACCUGUGUAACGUGUCAGCAGGCUGUCACCGCACCGGUGCCACUCCGCCCGUCGGCUCUUGCCGCUACACACGCCGGCACCCUAACUGAUCUCGACGUUAUCUCAGAAAAUGGCCAAAAAGCGGAGGGAAAGACGAGAGACCGACGGUCUGUCCUCGGCACAGGAGGAGGUGAAGGUGAAUGCUAGUGACUCACAAGUACUGAAAGAAGUUCAGCAUAGUGCAGGGGGCUCAGCACGCAUGUCUCUCCUGAUUCUGGUUUCUAUCUUCACCUGCUCUGCCUCAGUCAUGUACCUGGUCUACAGGAACUUCCCAGAGCUUCCUGAUGAUGAAAUGGAGAAAAUCAAGAUCCCUAAAGACAUGGAUGAUGCCAAAGCAUUGGGAACUGUGUUGUCCAAAUACAAAGACACCUACUACACCCAAGUGUUGGUGGCCUACUUUGCAACAUAUGUUUUCCUCCAGACAUUUGCAAUUCCUGGAUCUAUCUUCCUCAGCAUCCUCUCUGGAUAUCUUUACCCUUUCCCCUUGGCUCUUUUCUUAGUCUGCCUGUGCUCUGGCCUAGGUGCUUCCUUUUGCUAUUUGCUGUCAUAUCUGGUGGGCAGACCCGUGGUCUAUAAAUAUCUCACAGAGAGAGCACAGAAAUGGUCCCAGCAGGUUGACAAACACAGAGAUCAUUUAAUCAAUUACAUCAUCUUCCUGAGGAUAACCCCCUUUCUUCCCAACUGGUUCAUUAACAUCACCUCACCUGUCAUCAAUGUGCCUUUGGGGGUUUUCUUCGUCGGUACCUUUCUUGGAGUGGCACCACCAUCCUUUGUAGCGAUCAACGCAGGCACAACACUGUACAAACUGACCACAGCUGGCGAGGCUGUGUCCUGGAACUCUCUGGCUGUGCUCGGUGUCCUGGCUGUGCUCUCGAUCUUGCCCGUCUGCUUCCAGAAAAAGCUGCAGCGGAAACUAGAGUAGAGCACUGUAAACACCUCAGAACCUCAUCUGCUGGCUGAUCCCAACAUCCCCUGCCCUCGGCUCAGGAACAUGCAGCUGUCAUUCAAGUUGCUGCCGGGGCUGGUGUGGUGCCGGUGGGAGAAUCUCUGAGCACUCUCACAGCAAGCACUCAUUGACCUCAGAAUGCAUGCAGUGGUGGGUUGUUCCUGAUCUUAAGUAAAGUAUAAACUGGCCGCUGCUUGCUUAAAUUUCUUUGGUUUCUGUGAAUUACAGUAUGUUGUUGAUUGUGGCGCAUUUUGUAAAUAAGAGAAAUUGCGUUUUUUGUUUAUAUUAAAUCACUGCUCAUUAUCGUAUGAUUCUUGCCAGAAAAUUGAAGGUGCUACUUGUAGGAAACUGAAGUAAAACACAAUAUUCUAAUACUUAGAUUUUAAAUAAAUGCAGGUACCAGUUGUUUCAUAUGGCCUACUUUUUAUGGAGAAUACUGUUUCUCUUUUCUUGUUAGAAACUGCUAAAAGAAAUGUCAGUACCUUGUUCAGGCCAUUGGAAACAUCUUAUUUUUUUGGCGGUAGCAUAUCAAUUAGUACAUCCUACUUGUAGCACCUUUUAAGAUCCACUCCCCCUUUUAAAAAAAAAAAAAAAAGUUAUCUAACAUGAUUGUGUCUAAUUUCAACCUAAUGAAGUGUACCACCACAGCAAUAACUGUCACACUACUGUUGAAAGUGGAUUUUUGUUUUUAAAAAGUAAAUUUUGAUACCUUGUGCUUGCCUUGGCAAACAUAUUCAGAGUAAGGAAAGGAUGAAACUCUGGGGAAGAAAAAUGUAAUGGCCGCUCUGAGUAAGUGAUUCUUUGUUGACCUGUGGGUUAGUUCCCAUGUAUUUCCUUGAAAGGUGCUUGGAUCUACUGCCAUACAACGCCCUUUUUACUUUUACCCAUUUCUCUUCCUAAAGCAGCUUUUUGCCACUGAAACUUGUAAAGAACGGACUAAGAUGGUGUAAUAUUUCCUGACAGGACAUCCCAAUUGCAGAAUGCCAAACCCGAGGCUUUGCUCAAUUCAAAUGGGUAUUUUUAUAAAGAAGUGAGUAGGGAUUAUUUCAACACAACUGAUUAGAUGUGCUGUAAAAUGCACACAAUCCACAUAAGUUGGUGAAAAGCCAAACAGAACCAUCUUGGUCUGUAAAUCUGUAAAAAUCCGGGAUUAGGCGGGCUCUCAGGUUUUGCAUAUAGUGAUAAUAACUUACCCACUUCUAGGUGUGUGCUCAGAUUAUGUGUGUUUGUCUCUGCCCCAAGACAUUGUUUGCUAUGCCAGUAUAGAACUAGAGACAUCCAUGUUCUCAAUAAGACUGCCAACAGACUGAGGUGUCCAAGCCUUACCUUGCUUUUACUGCUUCCAUUCUUCACCAGAAGAAAUGUAUUAUGAUGCCUAAUUUGUAAGUUUAUGUUCUUUAAAUUGUUUUUAAUGGCUUAUUCUAUCCUGUGUUAUAAAACUUACUGAAUUUUUCACUUGGA